AUGGCUUUCCGUGUGCCAGCCCAGGCACCACGCCGACGAACCUCAUACUCUACUUCCCAACGGCCUCCCCCUCUCGAUCUCCCUCCUCCCACGUCUGAACAGCAAGAAGAUGACACGACGCAAUGGGUGCUCUUCUCCCCGACCGCCCGUACGCACACGACCUCGACGGAGCACACCCGCACCGUCGGAGCAUCACGUCUGAGUGAUUUUGGCUCGUUCGGUACUGCGACUCGAUCUGCUGCUGGACAGGAGGGCGAGGGGGAGGUUGAGGACGAGGAUGACGACGCGCUGGACGAUCAGCUUGACGAGGACGGCACGGAGCUGGACAGCUUGGACGAUGGGCUGCAUGCUUUUCGUGCUCCAUCCUUGGCCCCAGCUUCCCUUUCACGGGUUGAUCAGGGGCCACCGGCCAUGCUCCCGGCCCAUGAUGGGCUGGGAAGUUUCCAAGCAUCCAGCCAGUUGGCCCAGGACCAGCUGUGGAAGCACGAGCAGUAUAAUCCGCAACGGCGGGAGCAGGCUCUCCCUCGUCAUCGUCGGCGCUCCAGUGUCCAGCGACACCUGGAUACGGUGAACGAACAGGAGGCCCAUGUCGAGCGGGACCGUUGGCAGAGGAUCGAGCAAUGGCGGAUGGACCAGAGUCGGGCUCUCUUGCAGGAGAUUGAGCGGGAGACACGUCGACAUCGGUCUGGUCGUGCGAGCGUGUCGACCAUCCCACGCUCCGUUGACUAUGCCUCUCCGCCUGCGAUCCCAGAGACCCCCGCUGAGAUCGCUGCUCCUGCAGAGCCAGAGGAGAUGGACGAGUCGGUCUGGCGUCGCAUCACACGCAAGGUCAUUCAAGAUCUGAUCGGUAUCGACGACUCUCUCCUCUCCGUCAUUCUCGGCGAGUCUCUCCCACUAGACGCGCAAACUGCCAAUGACUUGCCAGAGCUGGAUAUGGAAACCGUGCUGGCACGUGAACCCGAACCCAAUAGUGUCGAUGCGCCUCUCUGGCAGACGCAGGUUCUCCAGCGAAUCGCCCACGAGCUGGGUAUUCUGGUGCACCAGCUCUGCGAGCAUCCCGGUGCUUUUACCUCAUACUACCAAAUGACGAAAGAGAUCUCGAGUGAAUAUGCAGGCAUGUCACUCAACCGUCUGGCUGACAGUACCACCACCUCCGUACGACCCUCCGAGCCCACAACCCAACCCUCAGCGGAAACUACACCCUCCGAAUCCAUGCCCUCGCCACACUUCACCCCAACUCUCCGCGAUCCGAACCGCGAACACGAAGCGCAAUGGGGCAUCGAAGACGAUGAUCCCGCGGGGGAACCCGUCUCGGAAUCUACCCGUCUCCAACAGGAGCAAGAAUACUGGGAACGCGGACUAGACGUUAUGAUGGUCUUCCGCUACCUACGCACCCGCUUCAGUCGCCGUGGAUACAUGUCCGGCGAGAAGUACACCGCAACCCCGACUCCGCGCCACACACAAGAUGCAUCUCGCCGCGCUGCGAUCAUCCGCCAACAUCACCCACUAGUUGCUCGUGCCCACUCCCGCUCGCAAACCCAAACCCGCCGCCCGUCCCAGCUCUCUGGUCCAGCGGGUGUCUCAUCGCCGCUAGUUCGGCCGCACUUGCGUCGGCCUAGUUCUAGCUGUGCUAGCCAGAGUAAACUCUCGGCUAUCUCGAGUCGAAGGACGCUGACGGGCUCGAGCAGGAAUUAUUGGGAUAUCGGCGGGUCUGUGGAGAGUAGUAGUGCGAUUGGUGUGGGAGCUGGGCUCGGCACGUGGGGUGAAGCUUGA